UUAUUGAGUGUUAGACACCUGACAGACUUGCUACCAACGCGCUUCUGUUACGUCAGAGGAAGAGGAAGUUGCAAAGCUUCCCCAUGUUAUGAUACUUCUGGCUACUGCAGCAGCAUUGGCAAGGUCACCCACGUGUGAGAGCUGAGGAGACCGAAGAGGAGAAGGACAUACCAUCUUCCUUCACCACACUGGCAGAAUGUCUUCCAUUGGAGGGACCCGCCUUGCUAUGUGCAUGCAGCGUUAUGGACCUCUGGCUUGGGCAUCUAUGUUAUGCUGCCACAGGCAAGGAUCCAAGGUGGCAUCGCUGAUGGUACCCCUAAAUGGUGCUGCACAUCCAACUGGUUGUCGUAGAAUGUCCACAAUUGCAGGUCGUAAGAACACUGAGCCCUUUGGGGUGGACUUGCAAGAUUUCAGGCGUGAACUUAAGGUAGCAGAGAAAAUAAGGAAGUUUCGGAGGUUUAUUGCAGACCCAAGUAUGGCAAAGACUUUAUUAAAGUGCCUGCAACCGUGGGAUGACCGAGGAAACAGGCCUAUCAUUUUGGAAUGCGACCCAGGCCCAGGAGUUUUCACACAGACAUUACUAGCUGCUGGUGCAAGAGUGGUUGCACUGGAAAGCAAUAAAGAUUUUCUUCCCUCCUUAAAGGAUUUACAGAACAAUAUGGAUGGCCAGCUAGAGGUUCUUCACUGUGAUUUCUUUAAAUUGGAUCCCUUGGGACAUGGGACCAUGCAGCCUCCAGUUAUGUACUCCAAUGUACUCUUCAAUUCACUUUGCAUACCAGAAGUUCCUUGGACAAAAGAUGUUCCUUUCAAAGUCUUUGGGAUCUUGCCACAAAAAACUGAAAGUGCUUUUCUUUGGAAACAGAUUUAUAAUCUUUAUGAGCGAAAUUCUAUAUACAGAUAUGGAAGGAUUGAAUUAAAUGUGUUUCUAAGCGAAAAACAAUAUAUGAAAUUGGUUUCUCAACCGGGGGACAUGCGCAGUUACCAGGCUCUGAGUGCAUUAUUUCAAGCAUCCUGUGACAUUGAGCUACUGCAUAUGGAGCCUUGGUCUUCUUUUUUGACACCUUUAAGAUUCAAAGGGGCUGCAAUACCAAGAAGUGUGAUCGUUCCAAAUGAUCAUUUAUGUUUAGUGCGAAUAACUCCCAGAAGAGACCUAUUUACUGAUAGUCUGACUCGAGAAAAUGGCAAUACGUUUAUUGUAAUGGUAAAGCAGUGCCUUGGAAAGAGAAAAGCAAAGCUUGUAGACCGAUUGAAUUCUUGGGAUCCAGGAAAUGGGCAUAAAUUGUUAAAAAAGUUAGCGCUUCCUGAGGACAUACAAACAGGAGAUGUUACUCCUGAACAGUAUAAACAACUUUUUGAAGCUAUGGGGUGUUCUGAAGAGUUCAACAAGAGUUGGAUUUUUGAUGAAACAUUAGAAGAUCUGCAGCAAAAUGCUUUUUCAAUGUAGAACACUUCAACAAUACAAUAAGACUGCCGUGCAAGGGAGUAGUUUGUCUCUGCAAGAAAUUGUUACCAAAGCUUUCCAUGCAAAGUGUUGUAAUUCCAGUGGAAGUGCUGUAGCAUUUGCUUUUGUGUGGGAACUUGAGAAAAAUAUUGAAAAGCAUUAACCAAAUUAACUUGAACAAGACCUCUAGUUUUACUUGUCCAUCAAAAGCACCUUAUGUGAUGGUCUUCUUGUAAAAAAAUAUUUGUAAAUAUUUAAAUAAAAAAUUAUGGUAAGAUUGAAAUUAAACCAACUGUACUUUGAUGUACAUAAACAUAUACAAAUGCAUUUAUGAUGUUAAAAACUUUUUCUGCCAGAAUGAAUCAAUCCAUGAAUUUUUAA